AUGCUUCAUCAUGCCAAACUGGACAAGUGUUUCUGGGCCGAAGCAGCGAUGACGGCGAUCUACGUCAAGAAUCGACUGCCGUCACCUAAAGUCAUGCACAAGACCCCGUUUGAGAUCGUCUACAACUUGAAACCAAGCGUCAAGCACAUGCGAACAUUCGGGUGUCAGACAUACAUACUGACGCCUAAAGAGAAUCGACUCAAGUGGGAUCCAAAGGCUCGCGCUGGCAUAUUCGUGGGCUACGAAGAAGUUUCGAAGGCAUAUCGUGUUUAUGACAUCGAGGCGGGGCAGGUGGUUAUCAGCCGCGAUGUCAACUUCGACGAGUCCACCUUUGGACUUCAACUGCCGAUCACUGAUGAAGAUGUCGAUGACCUGGACUUCGAAUUGCUGGAUCUUGAUGACGAAGAGCUGCGUCAAAUGGAGUACAAGCAAACAGGCAAGCGCAAGAACCGACUCAAUGAUGAAGAUACAGCAGCUCCACGACCGCGUGCAGUGCGUCAACGACCAGGACUAGAAGAGUCAAGCGCGCCGGAAAACAACUCGUCACGCCAAAAAGAAGACGAAGAAACGAAGGAUUCUGGUGAUUCAACACCGCCCGUGUUUUGGCGUGCGAGUGCAAAUGCCGUUGAAGCAGCAGUGGACUUAUCAGAGCCCUCAACAUUUGAAGCAGCAGUAAGCGGCCCUGACCAAGUGCACUGGAGAAAAGCAAUUCAUGCAGAGCUCGAGUCAAUGCGACUUCGCGGUGUGUUUCGUGCAGCCAAGAUGCCCAACGGACAACGCGCCAUUGGCACAAAAUGGGUGUUCAAGAUCAAGCGCAAGGAGGAUGGGUCAAUCGAGAAGUACAAGGCACGACUUGUGGCCAAGGGUUUCCGCGAAAAGUAUGGCAUCGACUACACGGAGACGUUUUCGCCUGUGGUCAAGUAUGUGACGCUGCGAAUGGUGAUCGUAAUUUCCAAGCAUUUUGGAUGGCCCAUCGACCAGCUUGAUGUGGUGACAGCUUUCCUGUAUGGCGUCAUGAAGGAACAAGUGUUCUGCGUGAUUCCUGAAGGCGUCGAACUUGACAGUACGUUCGACUGCCUGGAAUUGGUGAAGUCAAUUUACGGCCUCAAGCAAGCGUCGCGAGUGUGGAACGAGACGUUCGACGAGUAUGUGUGCUCCAUCGGAUUUCAAGUAUCGGACUUCGACCCAUGUCUCUACAUCAAGACUUCGGACGGCCAUUGCGUGUUUAUACUGGUCUACGUGGACGACGUCUUGGUGACUGGAAGCCCGCUCGAGCUGAUUGCACAAACCAAGAACGACCUGAAGACGCGGUUCGAGAUGACGGACAGCGGCAAGUGUGCGUUUGUUCUUGGGAUCGAGCUUUUGGACGGUGAAGAUGGCAGUGUGACACUAUGUCAGCGUCGGUAUGUCGAUGAUAUCCUCAAGCGCUUUGGCAUGGAUGAUUGCAAGGCAGUCGCAAGUCCAGUCGACAUGAGCUCUCGACUUGUUUCAAGUGAUGCAACUACCAAGGUCGAUGCUCCUUUUCGCGAAGCUGUUGAAGAACACUGGGUUGCAGUCAAGCGUAUCUUUCGCUACCUACAAGGCACCAAGACGCAUGGAAUUUGCUACAAGCCAAGUGCAAGGAUCGACUUCCGUGGAUAUUCGGAUGCGGAUUGGGCUGGUGAUCUUACCGAACGCAAGUCAACAUCGGGGUACACGUUCAUGCUACUCGGUGCGCCAGUGAGUUGGGGCAGCAAGAAGCAGCCAAGUGUUUCGUUGUCCACGACUGAAGCUGAAUACAUCGCACUCAGCUUGGCGAUUCAAGAGGGCAAGUGGAUUCAUCGUCUGCUUUGUGAGAUCGUGAUGGCUGCCAAUGAAGAAGGACCGGAACUCAUGAUUCAUGAAGACAAUCAGUCAUGUAUCAAGAUGACGAAGAACCCAGUCAACCACGGCCGUGCCAAGCACAUUGAUAUCAAGUACCAUCACAUCCGUGAUGAGGUCAAGCGCGGUGAAGUGAAGCUCAAGUACUGUGAAACUGCGGUGAUGUUAGCGGACAUCAUGACGAAGGGACUUCAUGGACCACGCCACAAGGAGAUGACGACGGCUCUCGGGAUUCGUGAGCAUUCGGAUUGA